AACAUGUCAAGUCAAGCAGGUCAACGUUCAAAUUCCAAAAAAACAAUUCAUGCAAAGCUUGCGGAGCUUCGGGCACUUAAAGCAGCAGGAAAAACACGGCUUCAAUCAUAUAAAGUAAUAGAAGAAGAUCAAGUCUAUGAUUUAGUAGAUGAAGAAGGAUAUCGUGCAAUUGUUCGUCAACGUCUUAAUGAGGAUGAUUUUGUAGUGGAUGAUCAUGGAGAGGGAUAUGCAGAUAAUGGAACAGAAGAAUGGGAAAGAAGUGAAAUAGAAAUGUCUAGUGAAGAGGAAAAACUAUAUUACAAGAAAGAGGAAAAAAAGGUAAAAAAUAAAAAGAUGGAGCAUUUUUUCAAAAAAAAGCCGACAAUUCCAACAAUUAAACCUACAACAGAAGAAGAUAUGGACUUUAUGGCUGAUAUUCUUGGAAAAAUGGACAGCGAGGAAACAGAAUUAAUAUUAAAAAGAAAACAAGAACUCGCAUCUAUUCCUCGAAAACGUCUUGCAUCACCUCCAUUAAACAAUUCUAGUAUUUAUAAUCGAUUAGAAAAGGCUAGUGCGAUAUACAGAAAACAGAAAAUUUCAAGUUCACCAAUGCAUCCAGAAAGUGAUGAUUAUCACCUAUCUAGUCAUCCAUCAAGUGAUAUUAUGUCAUCAAAUUUACCAUCCAAGACAUAUGCACUUUCAUCACCUAUUAAUUCAGCAUUUGAAAAACUUAAGGCAGAAUCAGAAGAUGAAAAUGACUUUGACUUUGAAGUAAAAGAGCUUGUACAACAUAACUUUCCAAAAAAUAACGAUACUUUAUACGAGAAAUCGAAAAUAAAUCCAAUUACUCUAACAAACCCUCCCAUUACAGAAAACAAACCUUCUCAAAUGCUUGAGACAGUAGAUGCAUCAUCAUGGCUGAAUCUAAACAAUACUUUAAAUGUCGUGAAUAACCCAGAAAAUUUAUAUUAUAUAGGAAAAAAAGAAAAUUUUCAAGAUUUCAUAGAAGAAGAUAAUUCUUUAAAGAUAUUUUGGUUAGAUUAUACAGAAUUCAACAAUUCUUUAUGUCUUUUUGGGAAAACAUAUAAUAAAAAAUCUAAAAAUUAUGUGAGUUGCUUUGUUCAAAUACAUGGUAUAAUGAGAAAUCUAUAUUUCUUACCUAGAGAUUUUAAAUUGGAAAAUCAAGAAUUAAAACAAGAAGUUUCUAUGAGCGAUGUUUAUGAAGAAGUAUCCAAUUUACUUGCGAAAUUUAAAAUUAAUGAAUUUAAAUCAAAACCAGCAACUAGAAAAUAUGCUUUCGAACUUCCUGAUGUACCAUAUCAAUGCGAUUAUUUAAAAGUUUUAUAUCCAUAUACGGAACCCUCUCUUCCUCAAGAUAUUUCUGGAAAUACAUUCAGUCGUGUAUUCGGUGUCAAUACAUCAUUAUUUGAACAAUUUGUAUUAUAUAAGAGAAUAAUGGGCCCUUGUUGGUUACAAAUUAAACAACCAUAUUUUGAAAUUUGCCAAAAUUUUUCCUGGUGCAAACUUGAAUUAGGAGUCAUCAAUCCAGAAUACAUUUUUCCUAUUUCAGAAUCAGACCUUAACCCUCCCCCCUUAACUCUUAUGAGUAUUGCUCUGAGGAAAAUUAUAAACGAUAAGGAGAAUAAACAAGAAAUUGUUGCUGCAAGUAUGAGAAUAUAUGAAAAUAUAUCCUUAGAUGAUCCGACACCAGCAAAUAAUCUACCCUGUCAAACAUUUACUAUUGUUAGGCCUAUUCAACAGUUUUUUCCUAUAGGAUUUGAAUCUUUAAUUAAAAGUCAUAAGGGGAUUAUUAAAAUUGAAAAAACAGAAUCUUCACUUUUAAAUUGUCUCUUAACAAAGAUUCAAAAUGCGGAUCCUGACAUUUACUUGGGACAUGAAUGGGACAAUGUAGAUUUUAGUAUUUUAUUAUCAAGAAUGAAAGAAAAAAAAACAAUGAACUGGCACCGAAUUGGCCGUCUUAGAAGAAAAGAAUGGCCUAAAAUAUCAGGUAGUUCGGGUGUAUUUGCAGAAAAACUAUUAGUCUCUGGUCGUUUAUUAUGUGAUCUUGCAAAUGAAUUGGGUCGUUGUUUGAUCAAAGCUCAAUCUUGGACAUUAUCUGAACUCUGUCAUCUUCAUUUGGGUAUUAAACGGCACGAAUUUGAUGAUAAAGAAACAGUUCUUUCAUGGACCAGUACGGCAAAAGGAAUGAUGGAAUAUCUUAUACAUUGUGAAGUAGAUACCUAUUUUAUUGCAGCUAUUGCUUUUAAAAUACAAAUACUUCCUCUUACAAAACAAUUAACAAAUUUAUCAGGUAAUAACUGGGCAAAAACAUUAUCGGGAUCUAGAGCAGAAAGAAAUGAAUACAUUUUAUUGCAUGAAUUUAAUCGCGAAAAGUACAUUUGUCCAGAUAAAGCUCUCAUAAAAUCCAAAAUUAUAGAUAUUGAAGAAGAGGAAGAACUAAGUAUUAGCACUUCAUUAAAAAAAAAGGAUAAAUAUAAAGGAGGUCUUGUAUUUGAACCAAUCAAGGGAUUAUAUGACAAAUAUAUACUUGUUAUGGAUUUUAAUAGUUUAUAUCCCAGCAUUAUUCAAGAGUAUAAUAUAUGUUUUACGACGGUUAAUAGACAUGAUUGUGAAAAAGACGACAAAAUACCAGAAUUUCCAGACGAACAAACACCACAAGGAAUUCUUCCGAGACUAAUUGCAACCUUAGUUAAUCGAAGAAAACAGAUAAAAAACCUUUUAAAAGAUAAAAACGCCUCAAUUAUUCAAAAAAUACAAUGGGAUAUCAAACAACAAGCUUUAAAAUUAACUGCAAACUCUAUGUAUGGUUGUUUAGGAUAUACAAAGUCGAGAUUCUAUGCCAAACCAUUAGCUAUCCUUAUUACAUACAAAGGUAGAGAGAUUUUAAGAAAUACCAAAGAGCUUGCAAACAGUUUAAAUCUUCAAGUAAUAUAUGGAGAUACAGACUCUAUUAUGAUUAACACAAAUAUUGAAACAUUUGAAGAAGCAAUAAAAAUUGGUAAUGAAUUUAAAAAACAUGUAAAUGAAAGAUAUAAGUUUCUUGAAAUAGAUAUUGAUAAUGUUUAUCAACGCAUGUUAUUGCAUGCAAAAAAAAAAUAUGCUGCUUUACAUUUAAUAGAAAUUGAAGGGAAAAUGGUGCCUAGAAUUGAUGUAAAAGGACUAGAUAUGAAAAGAAGAGAAUAUUGUAUCUUAGCAAAAGAAGCUUCUUCUUAUGUUUUAGAUCAAAUAUUAUCAGGUAACCAAACAGAAUAUGUUGUAGAAAAAAUUCACGAUUUCCUGAGAGAUUUUGCAAAUAAAAUGCGUGAUGGCAAGUUUCAGCCCGCAAAAUUCAUUAUUUACAAUAAACUUGGAAAAAACCCAGAAGAAUAUCCAAAUGGAAAAUCAAUGCCUCAUGUUCAGGUCGCUCUUAAAAAGAAAGAGAAAGGAGACAUUGUAAAAGUUAAUGAUAUUAUUGCAUAUAUCAUUACUGGCAAUGAAAACGAUAACAGGCAUGUCGCAGAAAGAGCAUGCACUCCUCAAGAAGUAAUAAAAUCUUCAAAUAUUAAAAUUGACUACAACUAUUACUUAGCAAAUCAAAUUCUUCCGCCUAUAGAACGACUUUGUGGACCUAUUGAAGGAACCGAUCGUACAAGACUUGCUGAAUGUUUAGGACUUGAUGUGAGGAAAUAUCAAAUCAAUGAAAUCAAUAAUUGCGAAUAUAAAUUUUGUACAUAUGAAUCACGUUUAACCGACGAAGAACGUUUUAAGGAUGUAAAAGGUUUAAUUCUAACAUGCAAUGAAUGUAAUGAAAAAAUAGACUUUAAAGGGCUUGCAAAAUCUAAGGAAUUUGUAAAUCUGGAAGGAAUUUUCUGUAUAUGUGGAAAAAAAUUCCCUAUCUAUACAAUUAGCGCACAGCUGGAGUCACAGAUUCGAAAUCAGAAUGAUAUUUACUAUAAUGCAUGGCUAUUAUGUGAUGAUCCAUCUUGUGCAAAUCGUACUCGACAAAUUGGUGUAUACGGAAAACGAUGUUCAAUCAAAAACUGCCAGGGCCAGAUGCGUUUCGAAUACUCAGAUAAAACCCUCUACAAUCAAUUACUUUAUUAUGAUAGUCUUUUUGACGUGGACAAAGCACGGGCUAUUGCCAACAAUUUCCCCAACCCAGAAUCCAUUCUUGUUUGUGCAGAACAUAAUCGUGAGCGAUUUGAGAAAUUAAGAUAUAUCACAAAACUUUAUUUAAACCAUAAUAAACGGCGUUUUGUUAAUCUUCAAAGCAUUUUCAGUUUUUCAUAAUUUUUUUAAGCAAAAAUUAAACACAAGUUGCCAGA